CGACCGAUCCCCAAUUCGCCGCGCGCGCGCACGGCGGCGGCGGCGAGCCGGCGACCUCCCCCUCCGCCGCCAUGGACGGCCGCCGCAACGGCGAGCACCAGCCGACCCGGUGGCCGCCGGGUGCGGGGGUGGAGGAGAGGGACAACGCCUCCUCCUCCCCCGCCUCCAUCCUCCUCUUCGCCCUCAUCGGCGCCACCGCCACCACCGCCGCGUUUGGUCAGCUGCGCAGGACGAUGAGCUGGUUCUACACGCAGCUUAGUAGGUCGGAGCCUUAUGUGUACUGGGAAGACAUACCACGUCGACCGAAUCGGCGUGGUGAAGCCUGGGGCCAGUAUUACCAGAGGAUGCGCGAGAAGAGUGAGGAUCAGAGGGAGAGAGUGGAACGCAUAAGGCACAUGCAAGAUAUGUUCAAGAAGGAGAGAAGUAAAUGUCGGGAUUACCGAACUCGGGAUGGCCAUAAUCCAAGCUACUAUCAGAAUAGUCGAAGAGAGGAGUGGUACUGGGAUGCAGAGUCAUUUUAUGCUAACCAAAGAACAAAUUUCAGAUCGAUGCCCAGGGAAGCCAUGGGUUACACUAUGUCACAGCACUACUCUAUCUUGGGUCUUGACAGGUCAAGAUUGGAGCCAUUCUCAGAUGCUGAAAUUAAGAAUGCAUUUAGGAGAAAAGCGAUGGAGUAUCAUCCAGAUCAAAACCAACAUAACAAAGAGUUUGCUGAGGCAAAAUUCAAAGAGGUCAUGGAUUCCUAUGAAGCAAUAAAAUUAGAAAGGCAAAAUGGAAGUUUAUGAAUGCGCUCACAAUGGAGGGCUGUUGUAUAUAAGGCGUUUGACACAAGAUAAAACAUGUCUUAACCUUGAUUGCUGUUUUGCUUCUUUUUUCACUAUUUAUGUAAGCAACAACAAAUAGUUAUCUGUUGUGGGUGCUGAACCGCAGAUUGUUGCCAAGAUAUCUAGCUGUCAGACCAGCUGUUGUAGGACAUGCUGUCCUUGAUAAAAAUCCUCGUGUAGAAGUUUUGCUCUCACAAACAAAAGGCAGAAUUUUGACUUUUCACAACGAGCAGAUUUGCUGUCUUUUUUUCAGCAUGCCUGAGAAUGUUAAGUGUUA